GAUGGCGAUGCAAAAGUGUUUUCUGGCCGUUCACUUACAGCAAAACAAAAAUGGCGGCUUGGGCCCCCCCAGUUCGUGUCAUGUAAUCCACAGUCAAACGUGUCUGUACGGCAUAGGUUCUACUCUCCCACUUGCUAAAUUGCUAGCCCCCCAUUGGACAUCACAUUUCCUCUAAGUAAUUAUGUCUUGUCUAGCGUUAAUUCUUAUAUAAGACUAUUCUUUCUUUCAUUCUAUUCCAUGUCUCGGUAUAAGAAGUUUCGCUUAUAUCACUUUAGAUCAAUUUGUUUUCCACUGUUUCUCUUUCCUUUCCUUUCUAGUUGAGUACUUUUCUUUCACUUUUCAGUUCUUAGCUGGCUUCAAUGCUGGUUUCAACUUGCAUUGCUAGCUUUCAUAUUACCUCAACUCCUUGAUUUUCUUAUUGUUUUUCUGACUUGUACAAGAUGUUACUUAGAAGCUCCUCCGCACCAAUUCUAACUUCAUUGAUACUCUAUUCCAAAGAUUGUUCUCCUGAACCAGAACACAUUUUUCAGCUUCCUAAAACUACAUCUGCUUUAAAUCUAAGCCAGAACUUGGUGGAGAUAGACCGUAAAAACUCAUCAAGUCCCAAGAGAAAAAACCGUGUGCCAAUUAGUUGUAAUGUUCCUAAAAAUCAACAGAGUAUAAAAAUCAAAGAAAUAGAUGAAGGGAAAGAUCCACAACAAAAGACUUGCAUGAAAACAAUACCAUCGAUUGAGGAACUGUUUUCAUGUUUGGAUUUAGAUAAGGGAGUCCUGGAUCAUGAAGAGUGUGGUGUGGGGAAAAAAGAUAGCAAGUUACAGACUUCGGUGAUGGGUGGUGGAAUGGGGAGCAGUGGUGGUUGGAUUUGUGGUGGUUGUAAUGGUAGUGGAAAAGGCUCAGAUGGUGGACAUGGAAGAGGGUGGGGUUUCCAUGAAGGAAAUGACCAUGGUAGAGAUAGGACGGAUGCUUAUUACCAGAACAUGAUUGAAGCAAACCCCAGUGAUGCUCUUUUGCUAGGAAAUUAUGCAAAGUUUUUGAAAGAGGUUUGUGGAGAAUAUCCUAAAGCAAUGGAGUAUCUCCAAAGGGCGAUUUUGGCUAAUCCUGAUGAUGGUCAUAAUCUGUCCCUCUAUGCGGAGUUAAUAUGGCAAACAGAGAAGGACGCUGAUCGAGCUGAAGGAUAUUUUGAUCAAGCCAUUAAAAGUGCCCCAGAUGAUAGCUUUGUCAUAGCUUCAUAUGCUAAAUUCCUUUGGGAUACCGAAGAGGAUGAGGAAGAUAAAGACUGCCAAAAUAAAUCAGAUCACAGCCGUACAAAUCAAACUGAUCUCUUUCAUGGAACUAACCAUCACCUUCAUUUAACUGCAGCCUCAAAAGCCUUACCACUGUUUCUUAAUUGAAGGUGACCAGUUGGUAACUUUUAUGACAAAUGUAAGUUAAUGGUCUCAAACAGUAAUUCAUGCCCCUUUUGGAAGUAGUUACAGGAAAGGAAAGGGUUGGUUUAAUUGAGAUGACUACCUACUACUGUGAAUAGCUUAAACUAUAAUAAGAGAGCAACUUUCAGUUCCUAUUGUGCUAAUAAGUGCCAGCAAGGCUUCUAUGUAUCUUUGAGAAUGUUUUGUAUGCAGACACUAAGGAGUAAUGAGUAACCCUAUAUCAUAUUCCUUUAAUUGUAUA